GUUUACAACAAAACUUUUUUUUUCAUAUUUCAAUGUCAGCGGCAGCAGCAGCAGCAAUCAGUGAACGACAAUAAUAAUGGCCAUUGGUUUUUAUUCAUCGGCCCUUGGUAUAGUGGUCGGUAUUGUGGCCUAUUGUUGUUAUUAUUACUAUAAUACAAAUAAUAAUCAUACGGAAAAUCCACAUGGCAGCCAAAGAGGUAGUAACCGUAAUGCUAGACAACAAAAUGAUAAUGGUAGCCGCUCAUCAACAAUACCGCCAAAACCAUCGGAUGUAUGCAUUAUUUGUUCCGAUCAAUUAACAUCACCAUUAGAACAAUUACCUUGUAAACAUUUAUUUCAUCAAAAAUGUUUAGCAAAAUGGUUUGAAUUUGAUUUACGAUGUCCAAUUUGUCGUUAUAAAUUAAGUUUGGCUGAAUAUGAAAUCUAUAAAAAACGAUUAUGAUGAAUCGUUAGUCUCAUCAUAAUCAUCAUUUGAUGUAUAUUUUUAGUCAAUUUUUUGACGUUGAUAUUUGUAAAAAAAAAUUUUUGUUUUUCUUUAAAAUCAAACUUGAUGCUCAACAAAUGCAAUAUAAUAAAUGAAUGUGUAUGGCAACGCCUAAA